AUGACAUUUUGUUCAUCAUCAAAUGAAUCGAAUAUUCUCUUUGCUUUUUCAUCACAAUUUGGUUGGCAAUAUGAAUCUAAUAGAUUAUUCACUAACAAUACAUUAACUAUGUCAUUAGAUAGUUGGUGGGCAGCGGCUAAUUAUUAUUUAUCUGUUAUACUAUUUCUUGCUGCUGUUGAUGUUGGCAUCAUUCCUCAUGUAUCAUUUCCAGCAAAUAGUGUGGAACAAUGGCAAAAUUGUUUUGUUCAGCCUAAACAAUUGCAUAAAACUAUUGAUGAAACAAUUAUUGGUGACAAAAUGCUCGAUAGUCUUUAUUUAGGACCAAUGUGGUCUGCAUAUAUUACUUCUAUUAAUGAUGCUCUAUCAUUAGUUGAACCGAAAACAGUCUUUCUACCAUCAAAUCUUGAACGAUUAUUUGGCUAUGAUUGA